GCUUGUAUUUUUCUUCAACAAAAACGGCAGAGUCCUGCUUCUCUGAUCUCCCAAUCAAAUGAACACCCAUUAGUAGAAUAGCAAGUCUGCUGCUUCUCCCCGAAAAUGCGCUCCUUAGCUAUGAAAGUGCCCAGCAAAUCUCUUCUCAAGCUCCUGAUCUCCGCCCCCAGAACCCCAAUUGCUUCCUCUCGCGCUCUCUGCACAGCCACUGAGACUCGAACUCAAAAGCUUGAACGCAUCGCCGAUGAGCUCCUGGACCUCACCAAGCUCGAGCGCUACGAUUACUCUAUCCUUUUCCGGCUUAAACUUGGCCUCAAUCGCUACGGGCCUGCCGUCUCCGGUCCCGCCUCAGCCGCUCCGUCCUCCCAGGGAUCUGGAGCUGGGGCGGCGGAAGCAAAGGCUGCGGAGAAGACUGCUUUUGAUAUAAAGCUGGAGAAAUUUGAUGCGGCGGCGAAGAUAAAGAUAAUAAAGGAAGUUAGGACUUUUACCGAUUUGGGGUUGAAGGAGGCUAAAGAUUUGGUGGAAAAAGUGCCAGUCGUGAUCAAGAAGGGGGUGACCAAGGAGGAGGCUGAUGGGAUUGUCGCGAAGCUUAAAGAGUUGGGUGCUACUGUGGUACUCGAAUGAUUUUGAUUUCUUUUAAUUUUACUUUUCCUGUUCCUGUAAUGUAGAGUAGAAUAAUUGUUGUUCUAGAGCAAUGGUGAAAUGGGGAAAAUUUUUUGAAUUGAGUUUCUUUUGGUAUUCACAUUUUUGUUCUUACUGUAUUUGUAGUAACUGGAAAUGGGUGUGCUUUGUUGGAGGCAUGUUUCUUUGAUUGGAAGCUCAUAAUGCAUUUGUUUAUUUGUUGCUAGAAUUGAAUUUGGUUUUGAUAGGAGAUUGUGAGGACUGUGUUUGUGGCACUGUUGAGAUUGAUAACUAGAUUUCUUUAACUGAGCUUUUAGCCUGCUGAAAGAAAAAUCGUUUGGCUUUCUUGACACUUAGAAGCAUUCAUUUCAUUCGUGUUCUUAAGAAGAUGAACUAAAAACGCUGUCCAAAGAAAUUGUAAUUUUUGACAAUGUCAGUCCUGUUGUUAGUGAAGUCAGGAGCUUUGUGUGCUUGAUGGUGCUAAUGUUGUGGGACUUGGGUAGGUUUGCUGCUUUUUGGAGUUUAGAUAUUGCUUAGAAUCAAUUAGAUCUUGCCUA